UGGAGCCGUUUCGUGUCUUCCUUAUUUUGCUGCAGAGCGCGCCGGCCGGGCUCAACUAUGAGCGGGGAGCCGGGAGUCUCUGUCCUGCAUUUUUACACCUCCGUCAAUCUAAUACACUUCAUUAAAACGGCAUUCGUGGGCCGUAACCGGUCAUUCAGGCUAUCUACUCUCGUUCCAUCAAUGAGGAUGGCCUCCAGUGUGGGUUAAUUUGCUACAAUACUGGUGCGAAAGGGUUUUAGUGCCGCUGUGGGUUGUGUGGUAUAGUCCGACUGGAACUCCCAACCUGCGGGCUUAAAACAGGGGGGAGAGGUUAAAAAAUACUCUCAACGGUUUAGUCACGAUUGCACCAUUUGCAAUCUCCUAUUUUGUCCCGGGGUUUGAGGAGGCCUGGGGUUUUACGCAUUUGCGUCAGUUUUUUUCUCAUUCCGCAACUAUGGGAGAUGUUCUCCCGGGCCGUGUGGCUCCUCUAACGUUACCCCCGUGGAGUGAUUAGACUGACCGCUCCUCCAGUACGCGCCUUUAUUUGGGAUAACGGUGUGCUGUUGGCAAUAAAUCCCCAAUAACGCACUGUAGAGAAGAUCAGAUGUAAUAUGCCUCACGACCACACGAUACACUAUUUCGUGAUAUUUGUUAAUACAGGGGUGUGCCACGUAUAUACCAUGGUACAGUAAUAUUGUAAUCAUGACGUAGGAUAUCUGAUGUUGUAAUCCACAUGGUCAUCACUGUACCACAGCACCUUUCAUAGUGUGCUGGUAGUUGAUGAUAGGGGAAGGAGGUGGCCGGGGUCACCUCAGGUCAUUGCCAUGGAUGGAAAACAGGAGACAUCAACUGUGUGGAAUACAGAAUCUAGCAAUGACACUAGCAAUCCACCUCAGGUGCAUUUUGAGGCUGGUGCAGUUGCCCAAAUUGUAUACAGCGGGGAGCAGUCUGACCGGACUCAGCAGCAGGUCGUAUACACUGCUGAUGGAAACUCGUACACAUCCGUCGAGUCAGCCGAACACACGCUGGUGUACAUUCACCCCGCCGAUGGAACUCAGACUGUGUUCACAGAUCAGCCCCAGGUGGCCUACAUUCAGCAAGAUGGCACAACACAGCAGGUGACUGUGUUGCUACCGAGUGGUCAGAACAUGAACACGGCAAAUCUGCACGUGUUAAGUAACGUAGCUGACGGCCCACAGGCGAUCUUGGAACCUGUAACACAGAGCCAACUUGCUGUGACUAAUGCAGCUCUUCCGAGCAUAGCGGAGGUGUCGUCCAGUCCCCUGGGUGCCACAGAUUCCACUGUGGAUUCAGAAGAUGAGGAAGAUGAGAACGACAGUGAAGACUCUGAAAUGGACGAUUGGGAACCCAGGACACUUCAGCCCUUCAACCCACAGAACCUCUGGUGUGAAGAUUGCAACAACGCUAAUGCUGCUACAUGUUUAAAACACGGUCCUCUUCAUCCUAUUCUCAACCGGCCUGUGAUGUCCAAGGCCCGAGCCAGUCUUCCUCUCAUCCUGUAUAUUGACCGCUUCCUGGGUGGAGUGUUUACCAAGAGACGGAUCCCCAAACGCACACAGUUCGGACCUGUAGAGGGGCCGGUGGUGCGACAAAACCAGCUACAGGACACAUAUAUGCAUCUUAAACUGUACAUGUUAAACCCUGAGAAAGAGAGUGAGAGAGCAGAUGACAUCUGGUUCGAUCUGUCCAAUGAGGAGCAGUGUAACUGGAUGAUGUUUGUCCGUCCUGCCCAGAACCAUCUGGAGCAGAACCUGGUCGCCUAUCAGUACGGCUCUGACAUUUUUUACGCCAGCAUUAAGAACAUUCAACCCAAACAGGAGCUUAAGGUGUGGUACGCUGCAUCAUAUGCUGAGUUUGUCAACCAAAAGGUUCAUGAUGUUACAGAAGAGGAGAGGAAAGUGUUACGAGAGCAGGAGAAGAACUGGCCAUGUUAUGAAUGUAACAAACGGUUCAUGAGCUCAGAGCAGCUACAGCAGCACUUAAACAUGCACGACGAUAAGCUGGAUCUCAUCCAAAGGCCAAAGGGGCGUGGACGUGGACGAGGAAGAAAACGUUUUGGUGCUGCGAGCCGACCAGGACGCCGCACAAAAUUUAUCUGCCCACAGAUUCCUGUUGAGAGUGCUGACAAAACACAGGAGCUGUUGGCGUCUGUAGAUAAAAUACCGUAUGAGGAGAGAAUGGAUGGAGCUCUUAAUGGGCUAAAGGUGGUAGAGAUGACUGCCGACCCUGUGGAGGCGGAGACAGCGGACGAGCUUGAUGCUCCAGCAGCCAAUACUGAGGCUUUAGAAGAUGAACCAGAUCCAGGCACCCCGCCUCCACCCUCAGAGGUCCCAGGGUCACCGAAAGAGGAUCAGCCCCAAACAGUCCCUGUAGACCCCCACCUGACUCCCCAGGACAUGAGGCGAGCGAGGAGGAUUAGGAAUGCCGCUCUCCAGCAUCUUUUUAUUCGUAAGUCCUUUCGACCGUUUAAAUGUCUCCAGUGCGGGAAAGCAUUCCGGGAUAAAGACAAGCUGGAUCAGCACAUGCGGUAUCACGGACGGGACGGCUGCCGUAACGUGUGCCAUCAGUGCGGUAAGGUUUUCCUGACAAGUGCCGCGCUCGAGGAUCACCUGCAGCUCCACUCGGAUCAGCGCACGUACUCCUGUUUGUUUUGUGCCGAGUCCUACGACAGGCUGGACCUGCUCAAAGUGCACGUGAACGUUCAUCUGGUCAACGGCUGCUUCUCCUGUCCCUCCUGCAAGAAAUCCUUUUCGGACUUCAUACAGGUAAAGAAACACGUGAGAAGUUUCCACUCGGAGAAGAUCUUUCAGUGUACAGAUUGUGAUAAGGCUUUCUGCAGACCUGAUAAACUACGACUCCACAUGCUCCGCCACUCCGACCGCAAAGAUUUCCUCUGCUCUACCUGUGGCAAGCAGUUUAAGAGGAAGGAUAAACUGCGGGAGCACAUGCAGAGGAUGCACAACCCGGAGCGAGAGGCCAAGAAGGCGGAUCGAAACCACCGCACCAAAGCUCUGAAACAGAAGGAACCCACCACUGACUUUGAAAGCUUCAUGUUCAAGUGCAGACUCUGCAUGAUGGGCUUCAGAAGACGAGGGAUGCUGGUGAAUCACCUGUCUAAACGACAUCCUGAGAUGCGAUUGGAGGAGGUGCCUGAGCUGACCCUGCCCAUUAUUAAACCCAACAGAGAUUAUUUCUGCCAGUACUGUGACAAGGUGUAUAAAAGUGCCAGUAAGAGAAAAGCACACAUCUUGAAGAACCACCCCGGGGCAGAGUUGCCCCCUAGCAUUCGAAAGCUGCGUCCUGCCCUGCCAGGAGAGCCUGACCCCAUGUUGAGCACACACACCCAGCUGACGGGCACCAUCGCCACCGCGCCCGUGUGCUGCCCACACUGUGCCAAGCAAUACAGCAGUAAGACGAAGAUGGUCCAGCACAUUCGUAAGAAACAUCCAGAGUAUCAAUAUAACAGCGGCAGCAUCAUCCCGGCGCCUUUGGCUACUGUCAUCAGCAGCACACCGGCAGUCAUAACAACAGAUGGGAGCACUGCAGAGACCGUGGUGACGACGGACCUCCUGACGCAGGCCAUGACGGAGCUGUCCCAGACCCUGACUACAGACUACCGCACAGCGCAGGGGGAUUUCCAGAGGAUCCAGUAUAUUCCAGUAUCUCAAGCAGGAGGAGGUUUAGCACAGCCACAGCACAUACAGCUGCAGGUUGUGCAGGUGGCCCCGGCGUCCUCUCCUCACUCUCAGCACUCUACGGUUGAUGUGAGUCAGUUACAUGAUCCACACAGUUACAGUCAGCACUCUAUUCAGGUUCAACACAUACAGGUGACUGAACCCACAGGGACGGCUAAUGCACAGGUGACAGGUCAACCUCUAAGUCCCUCCUCCCAGCAAACUGCUCAGGAGCUUAGUAGCACCCAGCUGACUCCUGUGACCAUGGCCCAGGGCCAGACUCUACAAACAUCUACCAAUCAAACACCAGGAUCCACACAACAUGCCUACCUACCCAGCAACUGGAACUACAGAAGUUACCCAUCUGAGAUCCAGAUGAUGACUCUUCCUCAUACUCAAUAUGUGAUAGCAGAGGCCAGCACCCCCGUCACUGCUGCCACCAACAGUCAGGUCAAAACGACACAUUAUGUCAUCUCUGAAGGACAGACUGAAUUGGAUGGUAAACAGGUGAACCCAUCCACCUCAUCACAGGUUAACCCCGACCCGCUUGAGCAGCCCAACGUCAAUCAGCAGACCACCACACAGUACAUCAUCACAACCACAACCAAUGGGACAGGAGCAAGUGAAGUUCAUAUUACUAAACCCUGAGCGAGAUGAGAAACUAACAGAUUUCUGAUUUUCUUGGGAAAUAUGGAGUAAAUGAACAAAUUGUUCAAUCAUGAAUUUUUUUUUUUAUGAAAUAAAACACUGGAGUGGUCAGCUGUGCUUCUAGAUACCCAAACAGGUCCGAUCAUGUAUUUUUUCAGACAUCUUUUAAUAUAUGUUAGUCUUCCCUGCUCUUUAAAAGUAUGUUUAAGUUAUUUUCGUUCACAAAGAUAAGACCCUCAGAGCUUUAUUAUUAAUGUUUUCCCACAGGUAAAGAGUCGCCUGCUGUGGGACUUCACUAGAUUUUGUUUUAAUCUAAUUAUUGUGAACAACACAAUAUUACAACACCGUUACAGACCAGAAAUACAUUGUUGUAUCGAUCAGUGUUGGUAUCUGACCUGAUCCUAGUCAGCCCUUGAGUUAUAAAGUA